CAGUUCCUGGUUGCCAAGCAGUUAUUGUUUCUGUGACGAUUGCGGAGGCUGUUGCUAAUUGAAGAAGCCCUCUCAGCAUCCUUCAUUCUGUUCUUCCAGAUCUCCUCAUUUAAAUUUAAGAGAGAGAGAGAGAGAGGCAGAAGGGAUCAGGCUAUAUUUUGGUGGCAUUAAAUUUUAAUUGGGAAGGGGGAUGUGGAAAAGGAGCUGCUCUCUCAGCUGAUGAUGAAGUGAUGGACUAGCUACUACUCUGUAUUCCUUUAGCUUUGGUGGCUCGGGGAAAAAAAACAGUUGAAUGCUCCCUCUGACUUCCUCUCUCUCUUUCGCAUGCACGGACACACAAUCAAACACAUACCCAGACGUGUGAAAUCCUGUUUUGCCACUGCGGUGGGCACAAGUAGGUGAACAUGACUACAGCUAAGGACUCAAGUGCUUCAGGGAAAUCAGUCCAACAACAGGAGCAGGAGCUGGUGGGGAGCAAUCCUCCGCAAAGAAACUGGAAAGGAAUCGCAAUUGCGUUACUUGUUAUUCUGGUUAUUUGCUCCUUGAUCGUCACUUCAGUUAUCUUGCUGACACCAGUUGAAGAUAAUAGUCAGUCUCAAAAGAAGAAGAUUACAGUGGAAGAUCUGUUCUCUGAUGACUUCAAAAUUCAUGAUCCAGAGGCUAAAUGGAUAAGUGAUACAGAAUUCAUUUACAGAAACAGAAAUGGCUCUGUGAUAGUGCACAACGUUGAAACAAAUGACUCAACUGUGUUAAUAGAGAACAAAAUCAUUGUGUCCAUAAAGGCUAUUCGCUAUGAAGUUUCACCAGACAGACAGUAUGGACUUUUUGCAUACGAUAUUGUGCCAAUGUACCGGCAUUCAUAUACAGCUUUUUACGUCCUCAGAAAACUGCCUAAUGGGGAGCCUCAGAAUCUGUAUCCUCCUGAAGUUAGCAACACAAAGCUUCAAUAUGCUGGAUGGGGACCCAAAGGCCAACAGCUGAUAUUUAUCUUUGAGAACAACAUCUACUACUGUGCCCAUGUGGGGAAGCAAGCCAUCCGUGUGGUCUCCACUGGAAAAGACAAAGUUAUUUUCAAUGGACUCAGCGACUGGCUGUAUGAAGAGGAGAUCUUGAAGACUCACAUUGCCCACUGGUGGUCCCCUGAUGGCACAAGGUUGGCAUAUGCAACCAUCAAUGACUCCAGAGUUCCUACAAUGGAGAUUCCCAUGUUCACAGGCAGUCUUUACCCUAAAGUAGAAACCUAUCAUUACCCAAAGGUUGGAACAGAAAAUCCAAGUAUAUCUUUACAUGUCAUUGGUUUGAAUGGGCCUACUCAUGAUUUGGAAAUGACUCCUCCUGAUGAUGCAAGAAUGAGGGAAUACUAUAUAACCAUGGUGAAGUGGGCAACCAGUACCAAAGUGGCAGUCAACUGGCUAAACAGGGCACAAAACUUUUCUAUCCUAACUCUCUGCGAUGCAACCACAGGAGUCUGCACAAAGAAACAUGAAGAUGAGAGCACAGCCUGGCUGCAUCGACAGAAUGAGGAACCUGUCUUCUCCAAAGAUGGGAGGAGGUUCUUCUUUGUCCGAGCCAUUCCUCAGGGAGGGCGAGGUGAAUUCUACCAUAUUGCCAUGUCUUCAUCACAGCCCAACAGCAGCAAUGAUAAUUUACAGACCAUCACAUCGGGUGACUGGGAUGUGACCAAGAUUUUGGGAUAUGAUGAAAAGCAGCAUAAAAUCUAUUUCCUCAGCACAGAAGAGUUACCAAGGACGCGGCAUUUAUACAAUGCCAGCACUAAGGGAAACUUCAACAGACAGUGUAUCUCCUGCGAUUUGAUUCAAAACUGCACGUACUUCAGUGCAUCCUUCAGCCACAACAUGGCGUAUUUCAUAUUGACCUGUGAAGGUCCAAGAGUUCCAAUGGUCACUGUCUACAAUGUAUCCAAUAAACAAAAAUUGUUUGACUUAGAGUUAAAUGAAAAAGUACAGAAGACAGUAGCAGAAAGACAGAUGCCCAAACGGGACUACGUAGAUAUGAAAAUUCACGAUUACAAAUUGCUGAUUCAAGUCUCCAAGCCAGCAGUCUUCACGGAAAACAUGCACUACCCAUUGCUUCUAGUUGUCGAUGGAACACCUGGUACACAGAGUGUGACAGACAAGUUUGAAGUGAACUGGGAAAGCGUUGUGGUCAGUUCUCAUAGUGCCAUUGUAAUGAAGUUUGAUGGCCGUGGAAGUGGAUUCCAAGGAACCAAGCUGCUACAUGACAUUAAGAGGAAACUGGGCCUUUUAGAAGAGAAGGACCAAACAGAAGCCGUCAGAAAAAUGCUGCAAAAUACAUUUAUUGAUAAGUCUCGAGUCGGUGUGUUUGGAAAGGAUUAUGGAGGCUAUUUGAGCUCUUACAUUCUUCUUUCGGGAGAAGAAAAUAAGGAGCCACUUUUCCAAUGUGGUGCUGCUCUAUCACCACUGACAGACUUCAGAUUAUAUGCUUCAGCCUUUUCAGAAAGAUAUUUGGGAUUACAAGGGAUUGACAAUAAAGCAUAUGAGAGUACCAAACUGGCACACAGAGUGAGGUCAACGAAAGACCAAAAGUUUUUGAUCAUUCAUGCAACUGCUGAUGAGAAAAUCCACUUCCAGCACACUGCUGACCUCAUUACGCACCUAAUUCGGGCAACGGCUAAUUACAGCUUGCUGAUAUACCCCGAUGAAGGCCAUUACUUCAACAGUCCGGCCCUUGAGCAGCACUUGUACAAGUCCAUUGUCAAUUUCUUUGUGGAAUGUUUCAAAGAACAAGACAGAGCCCCAGUAGUUGCAACGAAAGAAGAUGAGGAUGAAGAUUAACCCUUCAGACUUGUGCUAAGAAGCACAAGGCUGUUUAUAAUAAUAAUAUGCAACUGAAUCUCUCUGUUUUCCCCCCUGGAGAAAGGAGUGUUAACAUGAGCAUGUAUUUAACCAAACUGAAAAGGGAAAGCAGUGUGCCUGCUCGUUCUGGAUCAUGACUCCUUUCUUCCUAAAUGGAAGAACAUUUCAGCAUGAAGAACUCCGCAGAAACUCAGCAGAACUCCAUUUAAAACAAAUGGAGUUUUUUAAAAAGAAGAGGAAGAGAGAAAAGGAUCUGAUCACCUUUCUUGCCACAAAGUGACUUCCGGAAUAAGAUGCUCAAUCAGGAAACUGGACCUAGAAAGAGAUUUCCCCUAAGAUGACUCUGAAAAAGGCCCUUUGCAUCAAAAGGGUUCAAUCUGUAGGAAUGGAAACCUGCCAUCUGUCUGUGUUAGGGUUCCCUUAGUUAAUGCCUCAUUGUCUCAGAUAAAACUACCAACCAUGGAAUAAAGAUUAUAGCACAAUUAUUUUUCAGAAGUACUGAUACAUGUGUUGUUUGCCCCAUUGUCUUCUCAUUUCAAAGAAGUGACCAUUGCUACAGAACUGCUCAGCUAAGCAGAGGUUUCCUUUGUAGAAAUCACAGCUGUAGUUACACUAACCUUUUAAUUAAAGUUUGCAUACUGUAGAAGUAUUUUCUGUAUAUAGUUUUUAAUUUCCUUUUUAGUUUAGCCUUGUACUGACUCUUAGUGCUGCAAUGUAUUCUGGGUAAGGAGAAGAAAAUAUUUAAACACAGUGAGUGGCAUUAGAAAAAAUGUCAUUGCUUUAGAUAUCUUUCUACAAUGCCCAGGAGUUUUGGAGUGCAUUGGUUGCAACUUAAUUUUCUGGAUCCAGAUUGUCACAUAAUAACAGCAAAUAUUUUGUCAAAUGUUUAAUUUUUUAAAAGGCACAGUUGUAAUCGGAGAUGGCAAGAGGCAAAGUAUGCAGCCCAGUAUUUGUCACCCCACAUGGUUUAGGGUAAACCUGCCAGUCUGAAAUGGAACACUGUAAAGCAGCAAGUUUCUAGUCCUCAUUGCUGUGGAUAUUGCAGGGAAAUACAAGAAAUGGUUCGUAAAGGAGCAGCCAGUGCUUACAGGGACUGAGGACAGGACUUCCAGCCUCAUGUGUGAGCUUCUUUGUGGGGGAUAUAUGAAUUGCCCCCUCAAAUCUCCUUUAAUUCUUCCUCUCCUUACCCUUUUUGCAACGCAGCCUCUACUGAUUGUAAUAACUCUAAAACUGCAAGUUUUACCUUUACAAUACUAUGUGCAUUAUAAUCAUUUGCUAAGCAACCUGCUUAUUGGUAUCAAAUAUUCUUGUGAUGAGGAGAAAUAAAGGAUUGGGGGCUGCAAUUUUCAACACACUCACACACACACACACACAGCCUCCCCAAGAGUUCUGGAGGAAAGACCAAAAUAGUUUCAUCCUAUCCCUGACCAUUUUGCAUUCCUUGCACUUCCUCCCCUCCCCACUGUUGUUCCCUGUAAAUUAUUCUGACCAAAUGUACAGCUAGUAUGAAUACUGUAGAAUUCAUUUUGUUGUAUAUAAAAGGAAUGUAAGUCUAUGAUUUGUCAAGCCCCUGCCCACACACCGAUCCAGUAUUUCUUAUGUCUUGUGUUCGGCAUGCAUGGAAUAACACUCGUUUGCUUAUUAAGAUCCCUUAAAGGUAUUCAUUCAGACUCUUUAUCAAUCGUGUGCUUCUUUCUCAGAUUGUUUUUGACAGCUUGAAUGUCAGUGACAGAUUUCUACAUUUUUACCGUAUGCUGUCGCUCAGACACCCCAUCCCAGACAGCAACACACAAUGUUGAUCACAAGUCUUCUUCAUUGUAUCUCUGUUUUGUUUUAGGUUCAAUCUGUUGGUAGUUGUUGGUAAUUAGAUCAUUAAGGGAGAUUAACCAGUAAAAACCAAACAGAAAAGGGUGGGUGGGGGAAACAUCCUCAUUGCGUUGUUCUUCCUUUCAUAAUUUACUGUCCAUCGGAAUUCAUAUGAACAAGAUUUGCAGAAUAACAUGGCUUUCUUCAGCCAAAUGCCAAAUAGACCAUGUGAAUGCUACGUGUCUGGGUUUUGGUAAUCUUUUGGACUGGUAUGCCUGAACUGAAUUUGAGCCAGGGGAGCUGACGGUCUGCUCUGUUUGUAAACUUUUGUAGAAGGAGAGCCCAGGAGUGGCAUAGUAGUGUUUCUUCAUCCAUAAAAAUAAAGCAUUAUUUUACCAUC